GACUAGGAAACCAAAAUACCAGUUCAGUUCCUCCGCUUCUAGGAGGAAACAGUCUCCUCGUUGCGCCUGCGCGUGACCCUGUAGCCCCGGAAGUACUACUCCGUCUCCCUCGCUCUCACCUUACCCCCUCCCCCGGCCGCUGGAAGUAGAAACCUUUUUCGCAUGCUGUGUUUGCGGGCAGUUUCCCCCGCUGUUGCCGCUUGGUUUGCUUUUUCUGCGCGACCAUGUCUCGAGGCUCCAGCGCCGGGUUUGACCGGCAUAUUACUAUCUUUUCUCCCGAAGGGCGCCUAUAUCAAGUAGAAUAUGCCUUCAAGGCCAUAAACCAGGGUGGACUAACAUCAGUAGCUGUUCGUGGAAAGGACUGUGCAGUUGUUGUCACACAGAAAAAAGUACCUGACAAACUACUGGAUUCGAACACAGUGACUCACUUAUUCAGAAUAACUGAAAAUAUUGGAUGUGUAAUGACCGGAAUGACAGCGGACAGUAGAUCCCAAGUGCAGCGAGCCCGCUAUGAGGCUGCUAACUGGAAGUACAAAUACGGUUAUGAGAUUCCAGUGGAUAUGCUAUGUAAAAGAAUUGCAGAUAUUUCUCAGGUCUAUACACAGAAUGCUGAGAUGAGACCUCUUGGUUGCUGCGUGAUUAUGAUUGGCAUUGAUGAAGAAAACAAUCCUCAGGUAUACAAGUGUGAUCCAGCCGGAUAUUAUUGUGGGUUUAAGGCCACAGCUGCAGGGGUCAAACAAACAGAAUCAACUAGCUUUCUUGAAAAGAAAGUGAAGAAAAAAUUGGACUGGACAUUUGAACAGACAGUGGAGACCGCAAUUACCUGUCUUUCUACUGUUUUGUCCAUUGACUUCAAACCAUCUGAAAUAGAAGUAGGGGUUGUUACAGUUGAUAAUCCAAAAUUCAGGAUUCUUACAGAAGCAGAAAUUGAUACGCACCUUGUCGCUCUAGCAGAGAGAGAUUAACUGUUUAAAAUUGCUCGUUCUGUGAUUGCAAGGCAGAAUGCCUGGCGAAUACAAAUGGGUGGUUCUGAAUUAUGGGAUGAAAACAGAAUGCUCUGUGUCUGAUGUACUUCUUCACUUUAAAUAAAUAAAGUGAGGUUUUGGAA